AGCGCCGCAGAUACACAAAAUCUGAUUAGAUGGUAAGGUCUUCGUUGAUUUAUCGGGAUUCGAGAUGUUUUCAUUUUGAUUUUUUAAUCCUUUAUCCUUCCAACCUGAUCUGGUGAAAUUUCGGAAUUUAACAGUGCGCGAGUGAGGGUGCGGUAACGGUGGAGUGCUUGUGCGAUUCGCACAUUCGUGUGUUUGAUGAUCACAUCGAUUGGGAGGACUGUGGAAGUAGGCUGAGUUCCCCGAUCCGGCCUUGACAAUGGCCGCAUUGGGCAAGCUGGCCGAUAAGAUCCGUCCCCUGGAUGCCUUCUCCAAGACCCUGGAUGAGAUCCGCAUCCAGACCUUCUCCGGUGGCAUCGUCACCAUUCUUUGCACAGUCCUCAUGCUGCUGCUCUUCCUCUCCGAACUCAACCACUACCAGACGCUCAAAGUCACCGAGACACUCUUCGUCGACGUGUCGCGGUCGGGGAAACUGCGCAUCAACCUGGAUGUGACGUUCUACAAGAUUUCCUGUGGAUUCCUUAACGUGGACGUGAUGGACUCGUCGGGCGAGCGGCUGUCGUCCAUAGAGAAGACCAUCACCAAACACAAGACGGACAUGCUGGGCAAUCUGGCUCAGGAGGAGCCCACGGAGGUGGUGCGCGUGGGGCACACGACGGUAGGGCUGAAUGGGACGUGUGGGAGCUGCUACGGGGCGGAGAAUGCGCAGCGGAAAUGCUGUAAUUCCUGUGAGGAUAUCAUCUCGGCGUACAUGGAGAUGGGCUGGGCGCUGCGUUCGACGGAGGAUUUCGAGCAGUGUAAAAGGGAGUUUAAAGAGAAGCACAUUUCCAUUAAUAAGGAAGGAUGCCGACUCACGGGUUAUGUAGAAGUGAACAAAAUUCAAGGCAAUCUCCACAUCGCCCCCGGAUCGACAUUCGGCGGUUCCGGGAUGCACUCGCACGUGCAUAACCUGAUCCCUUUCGAAGCGAAAGACGUUAACACCACUCAUCUGGUCCACCAUUACUCUUACGGCGUUCCGUAUCCCGGCCGCAUUGACCCCAUGGAUAACAUGAUGGCCGUGGCCGGCGAGGGCGCCAUGAUGUUCAGCUACUACACCAAGAUCGUUCCCACAAUGUACGCUUCGGUGCACAACUUUACGACACGCACCUUCCAGUAUUCACUGACGACGCAUAAAAAAUCGCUGGCCCGCUCAGGAACGCUGGAGAAGGGUCUGCCGGGACUGUUCGUGUAUUAUGAGUUGUCGCCCAUUAUGGUGAAGAUGGAGGAGGAAUACCGGAGUACCAUGCACUUUCUGACCAGUGUCUGUGCCAUUGUAGGAGGGUUGUUUACCGUGGCGGGGAUUGUGGAUGGGAUGAUCUAUCGGGGCGGGAAGGUGAUUAGGAAAUUUCAUCAGGGAUGAUGUUUUCUAUGAUUGUUAUUGAAUGGUUUUUUUUUAUUUAAUUCAUAAAUGUUUCCUCGAAUUUAACUGUGACACCGGUACGAUCUAUUAUACAGAUAAAGGUCUAAGACUACUGUAUUAACUCAGAGUUUAUGUCUCUGGUGUUUUGUUUAGGAGCUGUGCCAUUCUCUUUGGAAUUUUAUUGUUGUGCACUGCCUUUUAAGAUUUUUCGAUUUGAAUGCACUACGAGUAUAAUUUUUCGGAAAAAUAUCACGCUUUUCG